AUUGAAAAAAAAAAGUAUUGCUUGUCACGUUAUUAAUCGAGUUCUGAAGCUGUUUGUGACCUCUUUAGGCCGAAAUCGCGACACAAUCAGGGCGGAGAUCACAAGCCCGGAGCUUCCCUCGACCGCCGAAGCCACUCGUCGGAGAACGAAGGGGCUAUAAAAGGAAGACUCGGAUUUCCAAUGAGGUCGAUUGAUAGAGACCAGAAGAGGCUGCAGAGAAAGAGUAAGCGGAAAGCCCUAGCGAAGAGGUUCGAGGGAAGCGGAGAGGAGAGGUGAUGGGGGCUUCUCUCUCCAGCCUGACUGAGAGUAACAAUGCUGGCGACGGAGGUCGAGGGCUCGGAGACAUACCGGAGAGCUGCGUGGCGUGCGUAUUCAUGCACCUCACGCCGCCGGAGAUCUGCAAUCUUGCUCGCCUCAACCGAGCCUUUCGCGGCGCAGCCUCGUCUGAUUCUGUCUGGGAGUCGAAACUGCCCGGAAAUUACCCCUCCAUCCUCGAGUUUCUGCCCCCCGAGAGUUACCAGAACAUUUCCAAGAAGAAGGAUAUCUUCGCAAUCCUCUCUCGUUCUGUUUUCUUUGACGACGGCAAGGCGAUGUGGCUCAAUCGGCUUACCGGUGGAGUCUGUGUUUCCGUCUCUGCGAAGGCGAUGAGUAUAACGGGAAUAGAUGACCGGAGGUAUUGGAGUUGGAUUAAUACUGAAGAGUCCAGGUUUCAAAUAGUGGCUUAUCUGCAGCAAAUGUGGUGGGUUGAGGUGAAUGGAUCUUUGAACUUCCCUUUCCCAGCUGGAAUGUACAGCUUGUCAUUCAGGCUGCACCUUGGAAGAUUUUCUAGGAGACUCGGGCGCCGUGUUUGUAAUUACGAACACACCCACGGUUGGGAGAUAAAACCCGUUCGCUUCGAGAUUAUCAUUUCCGAUGGCCAGCGAUUAUCUCGGGAUUGCUUCUUGGAUGAAUAUGAAAAAGAUGAGGCAAAUUGGAACAGCAAGCGCGGUGUUUGGAUAGAUUAUCAUGUAGGUGACUUCAGUAUCAGCAGUUUGGAUAUGGUGGAAGUAAGAUUUUCAAUGAAACAAAUUGACUGCACGCACUCAAAAGGGGGCCUCUGUGUAGAUUCUGUUUCAAUUAUACCUACUGAAAUGAGAGCCCAAUGAAAUUAUUGGAUAUGGUGGAAGUAGAUUGUGUAGAUUUUGUGGGAAAUUAUUGGGUUCGGACACCAGACGCCGUCCAGAACCCAAUAAAAUGUGCCGCAUCACCUCCUACUCGGUACCGAGCUCGGCAUUGCUCGGUAUUGGAUAAGGUGGCUGCACUUGAUUGGUCUCCGAACGAUAAGCUGUGUCCGGUGUCCGAACCCAAUAAUUUCCUGAAAUGAGAAGUGGGUAGCAGAACCCUACUCUGCUGGCAACUAUCUAUCAAACACGCAUAAAUUUGUGGUAGCCAAAUAGUUGCCCACCGCAAGCUUUAUUUCAUUACGAAAGAGAGGUAUUCUCCAUCCUCCUGCAAGUGCUUCUGUUGCUUAAUACUCCCUCUGUAUUUUUUGCAGUGGGUGGUUUUUCUCUUGUCACAUAAUGGGGCAGAUAGAUAUCGAACUGGUGAAUCUUUUUUUUUUUUUUGAUAUUUUUAUUUACAGCUAGGUCAUCAUAGGAAUACACAAGCUUCACAGGUAUUUCUUGC